GCCAAUGCUUGUGAAGUAGGCAAACAUAUAUAUGGUUAUAGUUGUGAUCAAUAUCAAGCACUUUCUGCCUUCCUAGCACUUCAAAAAUCUUAUUUAUUAAUUGGCUAGUGUGGAGAUAGAAGAGGAUAGCCUGUCUGAUAUCAGUUGCUGAAUUGUGGGCUAUAUAUUCAGGAAGGCAACAACACAUGCAUAUAUUCUGGCUGUCCUGUUCACUACAAAGGGUCUAAAUUAUCAGCUAAACAAAAAGACGAGGACCAACAUUUGUCAAGCUUUAAGUGAUUUCUAUAGCCAAUCCAGCCCCAUCAUCCAUUGCAGUAGCGACCUAGAAGGGAAGGAUUAAAAUAAAAGAGCUCCAAGUGCAGAGAUAGUAAAACUGAAAGCCAUCAGCAUGGAUUUGGAAGCAAGAGAGAAGAAGGAGAUUGAGAGAGAGGACGUGGAAGACGAGACAGUAAUCGAACCCGAGGAGUUAGCUGGGACAAUCCUUCCAUGGACAGAGCAGAUAACGGUACGGGGAGUCGUUGCAAGCAUAGUGAUUGGAAUGGUGUACAGUGUGAUAGCCAUGAAGCUAAACCUCACAACUGGGAUUGUUCCUAACCUCAAUGUCUCUGCUGCUCUCCUUGCCUUUGUGUUUAUCCGGACAUGGACAAACCUGCUUCAAAAGGCAGGAUUUGAAUCAAGACCCUUCACCCGGCAAGAGAAUACUAUGAUACAGACUUGUGCAGUUGCAUGUUAUAGUAUUGCUGUGGGAGGUGGAUUUGCAUCCUAUCUCUUGGGAUUAAACAAGAAGACAUAUGAGUUGUCUGGGGUGAACACAGAGGGAAACUCUGCAUCUGCUGUCAAGGAACCUGGGCUUGUUUGGAUGACUGGCUUCCUUUUUCUAGUCUGCUUUGUUGGCCUUUUUGUCUUAAUUCCUCUCAGGAAGAUCAUGAUAGUUGACCUGAAAUUAACAUAUCCAAGUGGUUUGGCAACUGCUGUUCUCAUCAAUGGCUUCCACACUCAGGGAGAUAAGAUGGCUAAGAAGCAAGUGCAUGGAUUCAUGAAGUACUUUUCAGUCAGCUUCUUGUGGGGAUUUUUCAAGUGGUUUUACAGUGCCAAAGAAGAAUGUGGAUUCGCCCAAUUCCCCACAUUCGGUUUGCAAGCUUGGAAACACACAUUCUACUUCGAUUUUAGCAUGACUUUUGUUGGAGCAGGCAUGAUAUGUUCCCAUCUAGUAAACUUGUCCUUGCUUCUUGGAUCUGUUCUCUCUUUCGGAGUAAUGUGGCCGCUUAUUGGCCAGCUUAAAGGACACUGGUUUUCUGAGAGUUUAGAUGAAUAUGACAUGAAGAGUUUAUAUGGUUACAAGGUUUUUCUAUCGGUUGCUCUAAUCCUUGGCGAUGGACUUUACAAUUUCAUCAAGAUACUGAUUUCAACCAUCGUUAACAUUCAUGACAGAAUGAAAAACAAGAAUCUCAACUUGGCUGUGGAUGGCCAGGUGAAGCCAAUUGAAGAAAAACAAAAUGAAAUCUUCCUCAGUGAAAAUAUUCCCAUGUGGGUUGGAGUUGCCGGAUACGUUGUCUUCUCCAUAAUUUCCAUAAUCGCUAUCCCGAUGAUGUUCCCGGAACUUAAAUGGUAUUAUGUCAUUGUAGCCUACAUGCUUGCUCCAUCUCUUGCAUUCUGCAAUGCAUAUGGAGCUGGUCUUACUGAUAUAAACAUGGCCUAUAACUACGGAAAAGUUGCCCUCUUUGUGCUAGCAGCAUUGACCGGAAAAGAACAUGGUGUGGUGGCGGGGCUUGCAGGGUGUGGCCUCAUCAAAUCAGUUGUUUCUGUGGCUUGUAUUCUGAUGCAGGAUCUCAAGACAGCCCAUCUAACUUUCACCUCUCCUAGAGCAAUGUUUGUGAGCCAAACCCUUGGCACUGCGUUAGGCUGUGUGACAGCUCCUCUCAGCUUCUUCUUGUUCUACAAGGCAUUUGAUGUGGGAAACCCACAUGGAGAGUUCAAAGCGCCUUAUGCGUUGAUCUACAGAAACAUGGCAAUUCUAGGUGUUCAAGGCUUCUCGGCGCUGCCUCAGCAUUGCCUGCAGCUCUGUUACGGCUUCUUUGCUUUCGCGGUGAUAGUUAACCUGGUUCGAGAUUUUUCACCCAAGAUUGGAAAAUAUAUGCCACUUCCCAUGGUCAUGGGUGUGCCAUUUCUAGUUGGGGCAUACUUUGCAAUUGAUAUGUGUAUCGGAAGUCUGAUCGUUUUCGCAUGGCACAAGCUUGACAGCAAGAAGGCUGUGCUGAUGGUUCCGGCAGUUGCUUCCGGAUUAAUUUGUGGGGAAGGGCUGUGGACUCUCCCAGCUUCAGUUCUUGCUCUGGCCAAAGUAAAACCACCCAUGUGCAUGAAAUUUUUGGGUUCCUAGUUUGAAGGGAUUUACAAAUGUGGUCAAUGAGAAAUGGGUAGCAACAUUGAAAAGGGCACUUCAUAGCGAUAGAUAGUUUGAUUCUAAAAAAUGUGACAGGAUGUUAUUUAGUACCAGGAAAAUGGUAAGAAGUUGUAUCCCUAAACAAUAAAAAAUUUCACCUUGUCCCCAUCCCACUUUGGUGGGUGAUUGACCACCACUUAGCAAUAUUCCUCUA